UCCACAUGGCCUCCGAGUAGACGGGAGCCGGUGUGCGCUUGUUUGUGUGCCAAAAGCCCGGUUGUAAAGGAAAGGAACGGCGAUUUUUUUUUGCUGUGCUGAGCUGCCGAGAUGGGGAAAAGUAAGACUACGAAGUUUAAACGUCCUCAGUUCAACACGGCGGGGCUGCCGGUGAACGCAGUGAAGGAGGAAGAGGAGCAGGCUGAUGAAGAUUGUCCGGCUCUGGAGCUGCUGGAGAAAUUGGAAAGUCCGAGCGCGGACGUGAGAGAGUUUGCGUGUGCGAGCAUUUCCCGGGUGGUGCAGCUGAGCCAGAACAUCCCCGGUUUCCUUCAGAGGGAUGCUGUGAGAAAGCUGGGCCCCAUGCUGCUGGAUCGCAGCCUGGCUGUCAGAGAGACCGCCACCGGAGCGCUCAGGAAUCUGAGUGCAUGUGGAGUUCAGGAGGUGUGCGAGGACAUGGUGAAGCACGACGUCAUGACUCCUCUGACAGCACUGCUCAGAGAGUGCUGCGCCGGUUUCGAGAGCGCCGCAGUGCCGAUGAAAGACCAGAAGAACGCAGUGGAGGACGUGGCCAACGAGGCCGUCAACUUACUGUGGAAUCUGUGCGAGAGCAGCAGCCAGGCUCUGUCUGUGUUCAACAAGUCGGGUCUCCUCGACGUGGUCGUCCAGUGUCUGGAGAGACAUCCGGACAAUGUGGAACUGGCCAUAUCUGCAGCCCACUGCCUGCACACUGUGACUGAGGAUAACCCCGAGCUGCUGUGCAGCGUGAACGCCGCCGUGCUGGCGGCCCUGGAGAACGUGCUGCUGUCAUCUCAGGCCGACAUGGCGCACACUCUCCUCAGAACGCUCGCUGCAGGAACGCUGUGGAACGUUAAGGGAAGCAUCCCCGCCGCCCGCCAGGCGCAGAUGCUCAACGCCGUGGUGGCCACACUGUCCAGGUGUCUGGACCUGGAUGCGGGCGCCCUGAUCCCCAAACUCAGAGAAGCAGAGGACGCUCGGCACAAGAGCUCUACGGCGGCCGCGGAUCUGGAGGACCAGGCCGCGGGAGAGCCGACGCCCGAGGACGAAAUGGAGGAAGAGGAGGAGGCGCCCAAGCAGAAGAGGAACGGAAAAGCUGUGAAAGUCGACAGUGACUUCUCCGACCUGCUGCCUAGGGGCAAGGAGGAGCUGAGGGAGGCGACGGCCUUGCUGACAGCCCAGCAGACGUCCUUGGAGAUCAUCGUCAAUGUGUGCUGCUCCGACGAUCCGUCUGACGACGAGUGGGAGGAGGAAUCGAGCAGCGACGAGAGCGACAUGGGUCCCGACGGCCUCUGCGACGGACUGUCCAAUCUGAUGUCCCCUCUGUGUUUGUCAGCCGAGGUUCACGGAGCCCUGAUCAACCACAGCAUCCCCGAAAAGGUCCUCAAAAAGACCGAGUUCCCUCCAAAAGAAGCCUUGGCGGUCUGCCAGCAGGACCCCUCCUGGAGACGCCUGAUAAAAAAGAUGCAGCGUAUUCAGUCCCGGGCGCUGACGUGCCUCCACAGCAUUCUCUCUGCGAUGGACGCUGAGUCUCUUGGCGGCCCGGCGGCCCUCCAGGAAGCAGCGCAGCACCUGUCCAAACUGGUGUUUGGCAACACGGAGGCGUCCAAAGAAGAGGAGUUCCUGGAGGCCGUCAUCAGUGCCAUGCGCUCUCUAUUACAGAUGCUCGCCUCCAAAAAUAUUCCUCAGUGCAUGACCGCCGAGCAGCUGAUGAGCCUGAGCGAGGCGGCCACCCGCUGCGACGUUGUCAGCGUGAGGGUCAACGCCGUCGCCAUCCUGGGAAUCACGGGCGGCACAUUAGCCAAAGAGAAAGGCACCGCAGCAACUCUCGAGAUGAUCGGGAGAGCCUUACUUCAGGUUGCCACGAAGGACGUUGACCUCGUGGUGAACGGAGAAGCCCUGGACGCUCUGUUUGACGUGUUUGCGGACGGAGAGGAGGCCGAGGCCGCUGCAAAAAACAUCAACCUGCUGACUUCGCUAAAAACCCUUCAGCCUGUCUUCAAGUCGAAGAUUCGUAAAGAAGGACGAGGCAAGUACAACCCUCAGCAGCUGUGUGUGCUGGACAACAUCAAAGUCAACCUGAGGAGAUUUAUCGGUUAUCUCGAGAAGGUGGUGAAGAAAUGAGGAUUUUCUUAAUGGAUCGAACAGAAAAUGGUGGAAAAAUCAUCAAGUAUUUAUGUUUAUAUCAUCUAAAUGAUAGUUUAGUCUUAUCUUUUUGUGAUGUGAGAGUUUAUUUGAGAUGAAAAAAGAAAAAGACAAGCCUCAGCUUCAUGAGGAACUGCGUCUUGCAGUGACGUUUUUCUUCCCGACAUUGAACUGAAAAAGACUUCCAGACAUAAAUUGGCAUAGAUUUAUGUUUCAAAGACCCGUUUUUUCAGGAGAUCAGGUAUGGAGAAUAAACACCAGCUUGUGGCGCACCGUUAACUUCCUCCCAUGUUUCCCAAGGCUUAACAGACGGCUGCAAAGAGGCUGAUGUAAGUGAAAGGAAACAACGAUAUGGUGAUAUUGUGGAAGUUUUACAUGAAGAUCCUCGUUCUUCUAAAAAGAAAUUGGCGCUGUAUCUUUCCUCGGUUUGGUCUGUGGAAGACAGUGAGGCAGCGUAUCUUUGUAAGAGGACUUCAGGAAGAAAUGAAAUGGCCAUUAUUUCAUCAAAGUAUGAAUCAAAUGUCUUUUUUAAAAAAAAAUAAAUCA